AUGGAAAAAUCUGCCAUUUCUGUGGUUCAUAUAGAAAAUAUGACCCACCGUUUUACAGUUAAUCUACCUCGUAACCAGAAAAUGGUAAACAGAAUCAGCCCAGCCAUGCCGCUAUCAGAAUUAUUCCAUAAAGUGUGCCAAGAAAAGAAUCUUAACCCAGCCAACUACCAAUUUCAGCACACACAACAGCCUGGGAUGCGUCUGGAUCUGGGCAAAAUGACAGUUGGAGAUUUGAAAUGUAAUGAAGUUAAUUUCGUUAAUUGUGCAAUGAUGGAUAGUGCUCAGUCCAUGACUGAUCUAAAUCGUUCAGAAUCAGCCAGACGUGAACAGCCCACGUCUUAUAUGCCUGGUGCAGCAGAACCCAAGAAAAAACGUGGCUUUCUGUCGUUUUUAAAGAAAGAUAAAAAAUUUAAAUUAAAUGAAACUGAACAGAGACUAGAAGCUCAAAUGCAUGCAAAUUCCCAACAGAGUUCAUCAAAAUCAGGUCCACGACCUUUAACCCCACCUGCAGAGCGUCGAAAUGCAGGCAAUAUCGACGCUACACAAGGUGUGCGUCCUAAAUCAAUGUUUGUAUCUUCCAAACCAAGUGAACUAGAAAAUGGACAUAUUGGUGUUUCCAAGGAGACCACAUUACCUAGAGUGCCACCUAGGACAGGAAAAAAACGACAGGCGCCAUUACCACCUCAGCAAAAUCCUACGCCAGCUCCACAGCCACAAACAGUGGAGGUUGUAAUCAAAGAUCAAAAUCAGGAAUCAAACAAAGGGGAACGAAGAGUUUCAAAAGCCACAGAGGGUAAAACUGGACAGGACACCAUUACUCAGAGACUCCAUUCACGAAAUAGUUCAGAUUCAAGUGGCUAUCAUGAACUAACAUUAAGCGGUGCCGAAUCACCUGAGGCAGGACGGGUCAAAAGUACAUUUAAAACUAGUAUUGAUACUACUUCAAUAGAAAGUGUGGACAAUAAUAACGACAGUGGCAUCACAGACAUUUCAUCCCAUAAUACUAAAUUAUCAACUAAUCAGAUGUCUGCCGGUGAUAGUCAGACAUUACCAAGCAAAAGUGCGAUUCCAAAACCACCUCGGCAACGUUCCCAUUCACUAGAGCGUAACCAAGAACAACCGACACAGAUUAAACCGUCGGCUAAAAAGAAACGAGCACCAGCACCACCUCAACCAUCAGUUUCAGUUAAACCACUGCCUACACAUGAAGAGGCGCCAUCUAUCAUAGAAAAUACUAGUCAAAAUGAUCAACCAAUCAGAGAGCCAGAAUCAGAUAUUACGCAAUUACCAGAACAAGUUGAGAUAUCUACAUCACAAAAUGAUGUGGUAGAUAAUAUUGAUGGUGUAACAUUGAACUAUGAUGAGGAUCAAGAUGAUGCUUCACAUGACGUUCUUGAUGUUGAUAUGUCACAUGAUGAUCGUGACUUGUCAUAUAAUGGUCAGGACAUGUCACAUGACGAACACGACAUUUCAAAUGGUAUGAUGGCAGAAAGGGCCUCACUAUGUAGUGAAGAUAUCGACAACAUAUUAGUAGCAGACCCAAAGCCAAUGCGUCCUUGUUCAUUCAUAGCUCCACCCCCACCAUUGGAACCACCCCCAGACUUAAUUCAGGACAAUGAGAAAAAAUAUGUGGAUAAAGGUGUGGUUGUCAAUGACGACAACGCCUCACUUCCAUCAGCUAGUGUAAAAGGAUCACCCUCAAGCAAUCCAGGUUAUAAAAAUGAAAUGGCCAUGUUUGUAGAAAAUAUGUCCAAUUUGACAGUUGGUUCUGAUAAUGGUAGCACCAACCAAUCAGGAAGUGUUACUCCAACGAUGCAGGAUACAGAGGAAUCGGAGACCGGUUCAGUAAUUAAUCACCAAGCAUCAGCUAGCGACCCAGAUACAGAGUCCUACACUGAAUCAGAAGUGAGCACUCAAAGUGACCUCGAUAGACGUGAACAGGAGAGACAAGCUCGUCUUAGUUCUAUAUUUAGUAACAAUACUGAUCAAUGGGAAGAUACUCCAUCCCCACCAAGAUUAACAGAAGAACCUAAGAAAAUAGGACAUGCUAUCAAUCAGAAAUUACUUAGUCCUGACGCAGACAAUCCCAUUAAUUUCGACUUCACACCUCCAACUGAGUUUCAAAACGACUCUGUUGUCACAGAAUUACGGUAUGAUGAACCCCAGAUGUCAACUGCUCAAAACAAGAACAAUAACUCCAAAAAUUACGCAUCGGAUGAAGAAGAAUGGACAGAAACUGUGGAAGAGGUUGUCUACCAUCUUGGACCAAAAUCUUCCUACACAUUUGGCGGAGCAUUGAAAAAUAUUCCAGACACAGAAACCAAAAGAGAACUAGAUUCAUCUAGAUCUACGUCUACCGUCUCUGCCUUCACCUUGUACCAAGAACCGAAAUCAAAAAUCUCCCAAAGGACAACACCAGUUGUGAAAGAAGAAUUUGUUUUGACAACAAAUGAUUUAGCAAAAGUAAACUUCGUAGCUUCACCACCUAUGUCGAAUAAAACUUCAAAAUCAAGUUAUCUGAAUGGACGGCCAACAGGGUACUCAUCAAACACUCAUAAUCUGGAUAAGGGUAAUAACUCUUAUCAAGCUAAUAUACGUUCAGAACGAAGUUACUCACCUGAUGUAGUGAGGGACAAUUCUGACAGACACUCUGGUAGUUUUAGCUUACCAGUCAUGAGAGAAACACAACAUUCUCCAAGCCCUGUAAACGUCUUUACUUCAUCUUCUAGUUUAAACAUGGCUGCCCCAAGGGAACUAACUCCAUCUGGAUGGGUCGUCAAAUCAGAACCGAAAGAAAUAUCGUCUUCCUAUCAGUAUACUGAAAAAUCUUCCGACAAUUUGUCACCAAAGCAUCAAGUUGCCACUUCCACAUAUUCCCGCCUUCUGACUCCUUCUGGUUGGCAAGCAGCACCCUCCAGUGAUGAAAAUUCUCCAUCAAACAGUCCAUCUGUGAGUCCAUCUAUUAGUGAUUCAAUAGAAGAGUCAAAAGUAGCUCAGUAUGAGCAAUUAGAGGAACAGCUGAAGCAAUGGCAAGAGCAAUUGAAAGUGAAUGAAAACAUUCUGGCGAGUCAGCAGUUUUCAGCAGAAAAUCAAUCACUACAAGCUCAGAUGCAGUCCCAGAUCGAGAUGCAGAAACAAAUGAUGGAACAGCUACAAAAAAGUAUGUCGGCAUUAACUAAAGACAUUCCAGCUAAUAAACAUGCUCCUACCCCACCACCAGCACCUACACCUAUACCCCCUCCUGCACCCCAACCAGCAUUCCAGUUGAAGAAAGUCUCAGCAACCAAUCGCCCUCCACCAAAAAGAUUUGAGCCUCAGCUCGAUCCCCGUGAAGAACUGAUGAUAGCCAUUAGAAGUUUUGGUGGAAGAAAUAGUUUAGAAAAGGUAGCAGUUCAGAACACUAACUGGAAAUGA